CACAGUGUGUCAUGUCUACUUGUCAAUCCCUGCCAACAUGCACGAGUUCAGGCUAAAUCAGUAGAUACUUAAACAGCCCAGCUCUACUACAUUACCCACCUCGACCAUCUCAGACCCCCGAACAACAGAAUGCAGUUUCUAAUUUAUUUAGUGGAUGCGCUACUCUUCCACCUCGUCGCCGCAACCCGCCAGACCAACUACGCCAACCCGAUCCUCCCAGGAUGGCAUUCCGACCCGAGCUGCGCCUUCAUCGCCGCCUGGGAUGAGACCUUCUUCUGCACGACCUCGACCUUCCUCGCCUUCCCGGGGAUCCCCAUCUACGCCAGCAAGGACCUCAUUCACUGGAAGCUGGUCAGCCACGCACUGUCCCGCCCGUCCCAGGCGCCAUUCCUACGCAACGCCACCGGCCAGUCCGAGGGGAUCUACGCCUCGACCCUGCGCUUCCACAAAGGCACGCUCUACCUGACCACGGCGCUGAUCUCGGCCGCCGUGCCCAACGGCAGCGAAUUCCUCGUCUUCGCCACCACAGACCCCUACACAGACGCGGCCUGGAGCGAGCCGAUCACCGUCACCACGACCCUCUCCGGCUACGACCCGGACCUGUUCUGGGACGCCGCCGACAACGACCGACUCUACCUCACCAUCGCGGGGUACAACCACUCCACCACGCCGCUCAUCUUCCAGUCCCCCGUCACCCUCCCCGACUGGACGGCCACGUCCUGGACCUACCUCUGGAACGGCACGGAGAACAUCUGGCCCGAGGGACCCCACCUCUACCGCAAGGACGGAUGGUACUACCUGCUCAUCGCCGAGGGCGGCACCGGCACGAGCCACCAAGUCUCCAUCGCGCGGUCCAAGAGCGUCACGGGACCGUACGAGCCCUGUCCCGCCAACCCGAUCCUCACCAACAGGAACACCAGCGAGUACUUCCAGACCGUCGGCCACGCGGACCUCUUCCAGGACCAAACCGGGAACUGGUGGGGGGUGGCACUGGCCACGCGAUCCGGACCCGCGUGGGAGCUCUACCCCAUGGGGCGCGAGACGGUACUCUACCCCGCGCAGUGGGAGGAGGGCGCCUGGCCGCAGCUCCAACCGGUCCGGGGCGCGAUGCGCGGACCGCUACCUCCUCCCUCACGAGCCGUGCAAGGCCAGGGUGCCUUUGUGGACGAGAGCGAGAAACUGGACUUCGCGCCGGGGUCCGUCCUGCCCCGGACCGUACAGACGUGGCGGCCCCCGAUCCAGGCCCGGUCGCGGUUCACAAUCUCGCCACCAGGCCAUCCGCACACGCUGCGCAUCACCCCGUCGUGGGCGAACCUGACCGGCAACGCAUCAUUCACCCCCGGACAAGACGAACUCGCCUUCCUCGGCCGCAUACAAACGAGCACGGUCUUCGAGUACGCGGUGACGCUCCACUUCCACCCCAGCGUCGAGGCAGAAGAAGCUGGCAUAUCCGUCUUCCUGACCCAGACCCAACACGUCGAUCUGGGCGUGGUGCUUCUGCGUGAUCCCCACGGGAGGCUGGCGCCGCAUUUGCGGUUGCGGGUGGAAGCGUCCGGCCGGCCGGAUCUGAUUGCUCCUGCGACGGUCGUCGCUGCGGUUCCGGUCGCGUGGUAUGGUCGGGGGAUUGUGCUGCGGGUGCGCGCACCGGAUGAUGCUGGGUAUGUGCUGUCUGCGGCGCUGGUGGGGAACUUGGGGAGCGAGAUCGUGCUGGGCAGGGCGAGUGCGGAGAUCCUGAGUGGGGGGAGUGGGCCGUUUACGGGGACGCUGUUGGGGGUGUAUGCGACGGGCAAUGGGGGGCCUGGGGAGACGCCGUCGUAUUGGAGUGAUUGGACGUAUGUGCCGGUGGCGCAGGAGAUUGAUGCUGGGGUGUUUGUGGAUGCUUGA